AUGGCCUCUUCCUAUUACCAGCUUCACGACCGAGCUCACCGUGAGUCUCCUGCAAAAAUAUUCGCUAGACUCAAGUCCAACCUGCAGCGCACCGCCGCGGAGGACUCUGCAGAUGAGGAAGGCCCAGCAGCGAUGCCAGUGUCACGGGUCCUGUACACCCCGAAGAGAGGGACCCAGACCCGGGGAGAGGGCAACGACUUAAGCCUCGUCCAAAGCUUUGAGCGCGGCGAAGUAACUGCAGUGACGCUGUCCCCUAUAUCCAGUCCAACCAAACAGAACUGUACCAUUGCAAACAUGCCCAGACACAGGCAUUUAAUGGAGUCUACGAGGUGCAACCAACCAGCCUUCCAAACUCACCCGCAUGGACAUGGCAUUCAUACAACUACUACAAUAACCUCAGAUGGAUUUGUUUUGCGUGAGGCCGGGGAUCUGGAGAACGUGGAUUCUCCCCUUUUCAUCUGCUCAGACUCUGUGUUUUCUCCCAUGAAGAAAAGACUGAGGAAGAGAAAAUGUGCCAUGAAUACGUCUAACUACGGGAUGUCUGCAAUGGACUAUGCUCUUUCUUCCAAAAAAGACAGAAAAAUCAGUCCACCGUUCAGAGAAGACGAACUUAUUUCUAAAAGUGCUGCACAGUACUCUCCACAGAGACGCAAUGGAGGUGCAGUUCAUACGCUGCCUGUUAAUUUUACUCCUGCCAAGAUGUUUACUUACCUGAAACUACGGGAGAAGCUAAGGGAGCAGUGUGAUGCUCCACAGCGCGUGAUGUCCAGCUCCAGACCCGAGGCAGACUGGGAUUGCCAAAGUGAUGUGAGAAUAGGAAAAGAGCCUGCAGCCUCCAGCGUGGACAGGUUGAGUCCUGGUGAUGGAUCCAGUGAUGAGGAUUUCAUUCUUGAUGCUGAGUCUGAGGAGCCUCCACUGCCUGUCAUUCUGGAAGAUUCAGUCGUGCUAAAUUCGCCACGAGUUUCAAUUCCAAAAGAAACCGUGUGCAGGCGAACAAAAUGGCCUCACUGCAUCACCUUUCCCAGUGAGAAUGCAGUUCACCUUCGAAAGUGGUUUCUUCAGGGACGUCGUAAAGGCCUCUAUGUAGAAGGCAUCCACAGGGAGAAAAAUAUUGAAUGGCACAGCAACAUAAUUGCAGAAAGAAUAUCCAAGUCUGCGCUGAGGACCGUCACUGGAUCAGUCUACAUUUUAGUUGGGAAGAUGUCCUUGUUUACUGCCUCACCAUUUCCAAAAUGGUUUUUGAAAAAAUUUGUCAACGGCUUCCCUUCAAACUGGAAGGAACUUCAUGAAGAUUAUUUGUCAGAAUCUAAAGGAAAGUUCAAUAAAAAGCCUGAAGCAAAAACUGAAAAACGCAGCCAAACAUCAAAGACAUCUGUGAGAGCGGAGCAGCUUCAGAGCUCUGUCUCCUCCUGUCCGUCCUCUGCCCCCUCCAUCACCAACGUGUCCCGCAGCGGACGCGUCAUCAAACCACCGCUGGACUACUGGAAAGGAGGACGGGUCAUUAUGGACGCACACAUGAACGUCACUAUUCACGACAGCUACAACUCCAGCAUCGUUCAGCCGAAGGACACACCCUCAGUCUCCACAAAGUCCUUCCUCCUAAAGCCGGAUCAGCCGAUAGCUCCAGUGAUCAAUGUCAGUGAGUCGCCGCUCCAGAGAAGAAUCAAGGCUCGACCACGGAAACCUCGUCAAAGCCAAAAUGACGCCAUUACAAAAUCUUCAAGUCCUGUAUACACAACCGCAACAUCCACCAGAGUCACCAGAUCCAGUACAAGAAGCUCAGGCAGUGGAACCAGUGACAAUUCACCGCCAAAAGAGUUGAAAAAACCCCAAAAGAAUGCGACAAAAGCAAACAAUGUUAAACUUGGGCAACGUUUGUCUCCGUCUGCAAUCACCACAUCGUCACAACCUGGAAAAGAGAAAAGUUCUGAGGGCAGGAGGCAGAGGGACCGUCCCAGACCCACCAGCGGAUCCUCCCACUCGUCACGGGAGAGGAACACGGCCACACCCAAGAACCAACUAGUGAAGGAGGCUAAGGCUCGGCCCAAACGGAGAUCCAAGACCCCUCCCCCGGUGGCGUCAGCUGUGGCAGCUACACAGAAAGCUGCACAGCCCAACAGGACGCACAAAAGAAAACCACGCUCCAAACCCAUUCCAGCGCACGAUGAGGACGAGUGGACCGAGGAGGAGCUCGGGAAGCUGCACGAAGCCGUGUCGUGCUUCCCGACGCACAUACCUGGGUACUGGGCAAAGGUGGCGAUGACUGUCGGAACUCGUUCUGCAGAGGAAUGUCACAAACGCCACGUAGCCUUUGGAGCCGCCAAGACGCCGGUGAAAUGUCAGCGGAAAGCAAAAGUGGAACCUUUAAAAGAGAAAGCUAAACCAGUGAUCUCUGCUGGUGUGGGAACGUUACGACGGAAACAGCAAGUGCGCGACUUCCUGGAAACGAUGGCCAAAGACGAAAUGGACGAUGUUUUCAGUUCUGCGUACAUGCAGAGCAAAAGAUUUGAGGUGCCAUCUAUGUCCACCAGUGACCAUCAUGACUUCACCAUUUCUAACCAGGCGCCCAUUACCCCCGGGCACACUGGGUUCCCAGAGGCCAAGACCCCCCAGUGCCUACACAUCACACCCGGCAUGAUCGGCUCCAGCAGCAAGAACUGUGACGACAAGUACGUCUUCCAUCUGCAGAAAAGGAUGAAAAAUCGCUAUCAAUUUAAUGUAGAAAAACAUGCGAAAAAGACAAAUUUCACUCCUGUGUCGGUGAAAAAAGCGAUGAGAAGAUGUGCCAACACAGAAAAUAACACGUUUGUGGUGUGGGAGAUGUUUCCGGACAAAGAAGCCCAGGCCGACAGCGAGGAAGAGCAAGAUGUUUACUUUUCAGAAAAUGAUUGA